GACACAUAUCAAAGUUUCUAUGCUGGCAACUAGGUCGCUCGUAAGUUAUCUCGUCCCUAUAUAAGAAAGCGUUCUUCUUGAACGCUCAAUAUAACCAAAAUGAGGAUCAUUAUAGCUGCUUUUGUAGUAGCGGGUGCGUUAUUGGCAGAUGCGGGCCAGAAGUGUACUGGACAUCCCCGGAUGUACCACGGUAAGAAGUGCGCCUCCACGACAAACUACGCUGACUAUCAUAAAGGGGCAUGCGGCUGCGGUCCCUCGAACAACGACAAUCAGUUUCCAUGGAACCACAGCGGGUUCGUAGUGGCAGCCAAUCAAGCCUUAUUUGACGCCGGGGGCGGUAAAUGGUGUGGUCAGUCAUGCGGGAAAUGCAUCAAGCUUACUACAACUGGUGGUUUCGUCGACGGCCAGGGCGGUGGAGUUGCUGAAGGACUGUCGAAAGUGUUCAUGGUUACCAACCUGUGCCCUAAUGAGUACCCUAACCUUAGCUGGUGCAGCCAGCAAGGCAACAACGGGGUCAACCAGUACGGCUACGGAUGGCACUUUGACCUCGAAAACGGCGUUAACCAGAUCACCGGCAUGGGCUGGAACAACCCGGAAGUGACGUGGGAAUGGACUGACUGCGAUGCCGGUCACGCCCAAGACGGCCGCACACCGAGUAACAGCAUGUAUCACACAUGCCAGUGCGGACAGCAUGGCAAAAAGUAACACCUCUGUAAUAGAUCGUGUUUCUUUGUAAAUAAAAUAUGAACACCGAAA